UAGCUACGAACACUAACACAGCCGCAAGCAGCAUAACGCUUCGUGUCGCGUCACGUCGGUUCGACUGUGUUUUAAUUCGCCGCAACUGUGAAGGCCACACACUCGAAGCCCAGAAUGCUCCCUCAAUUGCAUAACAGCAGCAGCAGCUCUUGCGCAUGAGUGUAUGUGUGUGUGGGGCACGCCAGAGACCGAAACACACCACAGCUACAACACGCCAACAACAACAACCAUAAUAGAACAACUGCAAGCCACGAGGUUCAUCUGAUAACUCGAAUUUCGCUGCAUUUAACAGAUAAAUCUAUUAAAAUCAAGAACCUAGUUUAUAAAGCUGAAGGAGAUCAAAUCCAGGGUUCAAACUAUCGCUACCAUGUCCCGCCCCCGCUGCUGACUAUCGAUAGGCGGCACCCGAUAGGCGCGCAUCCAUCGCCAACAGUAUUUCCCGAACAACUUUACAUAACUACGAGCAGUCACAUAGCCCGACUCGACUGAUACGACUGAUAUGGCCGUGUUCCUGACCAACGUCUGCAAAUACAAUGGCUGCGGCAUCACAUUUCCAAGCUUGAGCGAUCUAAUAUCACACAUCGAGGACACCCACAUAGACUAUGAUCCUAAGGUGGUGGAACAGAAGGAGCAGGCUCAGCCUGCCUGCCUGCCCCUGAGCUACAUAUUGCGCUUCUAUACGGAGGACAACCGCAAGGAGGCUGGCUUCCUGGCCACUCACAACACCGCCCCGCCGACCACCAACAGCGGCUCCAACAACGCCAACCAUGGCACUGGCAACGUGGAGCUCAAGCGGAAGCUGGCCAUCAAGCACCACAGCUACAGCAUGUCCUCGUCCAACCGUAGCACCACCCCAACAGGCAGCGAAAUGGACGAAGACGAAAUGGUAGUCACAGAGUCGGAGGAUAGCAAUGACUCGUGGACCACUGAGGAGUUUAGCUCCGAGUUCAUCAUGCGCUAUGGCAGCAGGCAUUCCGGUGGCGGAAGCAAUGGCACGCCUGGCAAUGAGAAACCCUUCGCCUGCCCGGUUCCAGGAUGCAAAAAGCGUUACAAGAACGUCAAUGGCAUCAAGUACCAUUCAAAGAAUGGUCACAAGAAGGACGGAAGAGUUCGGAAGGGCUACAAGUGCCACUGUGGCAAGAGCUACAAGACGGCACAGGGUCUGAAGAAUCAUGCUCUGCAUACCCACAACUCGCAGCCGGAUAGUGUCCUCAGUGCUCAACUGAUGGUGGCCGAUGGCGCUGCUCUGGCAGCCACUAACGUUGGCAGCACCAACAGCUCGCACAGCAACAGCUCCAACCCCCCGCCGCCAGUCAUCCAGCGCAGCAACUCGCCGUCACAAUCGAUAGGAUCCCUAAGUCCGUCGAGCAUCAGCAAUAUGUCCAGCAGUACCAGCAGUUGCCACGGUGGCAGCAGCAGUCUGUCCAAUGGCAACACCAUUAACGGUAGCAACGGCAACACUGCGGCUGUAACCAGCAACGGCAGUGUACUGCAACAGCUUAGUGCCGGUAAUGUGGUCACGCUGACCAACGUGUCCAACCAUCAGCAGCAGCAGCAGCAGCCACAGCAGAUCCUACAGAAUGGCGGCCCCAGUGCAACAGGUAACACCAACAACAACAAUUUAAUGCGCAGCACACUCGGUUUAGUAUCCAUUAAAACCAACAAUCAACCGGCUGCCAAAUCGGUAAGCAAUCUUAUGGCUGCCAACGCAACGGCCAGCAAGAUUCUCAAGCUGGCCACCAAUGUGGCCAACGGCGGCUCCGCCGUAGACAUCGUUCAGCAUCAGCAGCUCAAUGGCAACAAGGUCACUAAUGGCAACAAACCGCUGCCGAAUUUGGUCAACUUGGGCAUACUCACACCUGCCACCUCACCCACCAAAAACACCCAGACGCUGACCUUCACCACCACUACCAACGGGAAUGGGAAUGCCAACCAGCAGGCGCUAGUGGCUUCGCUGGCCAAGAAGACCAACAUACUGCUGCUGCAAGAGCCGGCCACUCCGACCCAGCUGCAACAGCUGCAGCAGCAGCAACAGCAAGUACCGCAGCAGCAGCAAGUGCAGGUGCAACAGCAGCAUCAUGUACUGCCCAUCAGUCCCACGAGCAGCAUCAGCGGCAACAGCAGCAAGAGCAGCUCGCCCACACCCCAGCAGCAGCUGACCAAGAAGGGCAAGUUGGAAUUGGUCGAGCCAAUGGACACCGACGACGGCCAGAGCGAUGCCAUCUCGGAGAGCGUGGCGGCGGCGAUAGCCAGCAUCACAGAGAACAAGGAUGAGAUCGGAGGCACUGCGGGCAUUGAAGCUGUGGGCGCUGGCGCCGUCAAUGAUGAGACGUAGCCUAUACUCAAGCAGCUACUGAUGCACCGUAAACUGACGCUGGAACCGCAGCCACCCAAGCCACCGCAUUGACAAGCUCCUCAUCCGUAUACGACAAUUGUGAAAGUUAGGGCAAAUGGUGGGAGUACAUUAUGUAGACAUUCUAGGCCGGUAGGCGGCGGCUGUCUAGGAUUUAAAGCUUAAGGGGGGAGGGGAGGGCCAAGUCAGCCAAGUCAGACUCACUCACUCACCAAAACAUCCAUUUGGAAACAUUUCGUAGACUGCUUAUUUGCUUAGAGACCAGGAACAUAAGUUGUGUUUUUAAUUGAAACUCCCAAAUCUAAUCGAUUCGAUAUCCUCCCAUUGUAUCAUAUAUCUAUUUCCAAUCUAAAUCCACACAAAUCGCAUUGAUUGUGCAAUAUUUAAUUUUGUAUUAUUUAA